AAAUCUUAUGGGUUUGACUCUUGAAGGUUGUGAAAAGUUAUCAGAGCUUCACCCAACAAUUUGGGAUCUCCAACAUCUGGUUUCGUUGAACUCGAAGGGUUGUGAAUGUCUAGAGAGCCUUCCCCACUCCAUUUGCUUGGAAUCUCUUCAAAAUUUUGUUCUUUCAGGAUGUUCAAGACUCGAAAGGUUUCCAGAGAUUGUGGGAAACAUGGGACACUUGUCAGAACUUCAUUUAGAUGGGACCGGGGUAAGGGAGUUGCCGCUAUCAAUCAAGCACUUGACUGGCCUUAUUGUGUUAAAUCUAAGAGAAUGCAAGAACCUUUUGAGUGUUCCAAGCAUCAUUUGCAGUUUGGUAUCCUUGAAGUAUCUAUUUCUGUCAGGCUGCUCACUGAUUGACCAACUGCCAGAAAACAUAGGGAGCCUGGAACUUUUAAAAGAGCUUGAUGCCUGUCAAACAGCCAUAAGAAGAUUGCCUUUGUCUAUUUUACUUCUGAAGAACCUCCAACGGUUAUGUUUAUUGGGUUGUACAGGUUUGCAGCUCCCUCACUCGUUCUCGGGUUUAUCCUCUUCGGUAUACUUAAAUCUUAGCGGAUGCGGUCUAGGAGAAGGAGCAAUUCCUGAUGAUAUUGGCAUAUGCUUAUCCUCAUUCCGGAGUUUGGGUUUGAGUGAAAACAAUUUUGAGAGCAUACCUGAAAGCAUAUCUCAACUUUCUGAGCUUAGAGAACUUACCUUGUUCAAGUGUUGCAAUCUGCGAUUGUUGCCAAAACCUCUUCCACCGAGCCUAAAACAUUUGGAUGCACAUGGUUGUCCUUCGCAGACAAACUAUCCAAAAACCCUCAACAUAUGGACAUCUGAUGAUGGUAUCUAUUUCAUAGAUUGCCGAGAAUCAGAGGGAGUUGAAGAUGAGAUAAUCCACCACCCACUGCCAAUUCAUGAAGAGCAUCUUGAACAAUUCUUUCCUAAAUACUUUGAGGAUCUGAUUGAUCGUCAGCAAGAUUUUGAAAUUCGUGUUCCGUAUACUAGAAUUCCAGACUGGUGCAGUGUGUAUUCGGAUGGGACUUCUGUAAUAAUUCAACUAUCAGAUCCAGAAGAUAGUAUAUGGAUGGGAGUCGUCCUUUUUGUGUUUUUCGAAAUUCUUGAGCAGAGUUCGGAAAUGGAAGAGACCUUCUGUCAUUUUCACGCCUCGGAUGGUCGUCUUCAAAAUCGAGUAGUCAUUGGAAACUUUGAAAACUUCAUAGUUGGGUCGCAUGCAGUUUGUUGCUAUAAUCCGGCACGCAAAUUUGCAGGGAAUUUGAAAAAUGCAAACCAAGGAGUACUUCGAGCAUCAGUCUCAACAAAUCGACCCAGUUUGAAAGUGAAAGGGUGCGGAAUACGUUUAAUCUCUCAUCAAGAUGCGGCAAAAUUUGCCCAAGAUUUAAGUCAGACUGCUAAUCAACACCUCGAUUUGAAUUUUGGUCCACAUUGUAAGCAUAUGUUAGAUGAGGUGAUGAAAUUGGAAAGUUCUGGUGACGUGACGAUACUUGAUUACCGUCUAUGGGAACCACCAUCAACUUCAACUGUACAUCGGGGCAGCAGCAGCAUCUCUACCACAGCUAGUACUGAUUCUAGCAUCCCACCAGUACAAUUGUUGCUUUCAAAGCUCUAUGAGGGCCACAAUGGACGCACGAAGGAUUUAUUUUUUAGCUUUUGUCAUAAAGUAGUAGUAAUUCCGAACUGGUUCGACAAUCACUACUUGGGGAAUGUAGAACUGUGUGACCUUCCUCAAAACUUGUUUGAUGAAAGCAGAUGGGUAGGAUUAGAACUAUAUGUUAUAUUUUCUUGGCGUCAAUCCGUUUCGAGUCUCUUCCAUCUUCCCUCAUUCCUUUGUGUUGAUUUGUGUGAACAAGAAAGCAGUAGAAUACCAAGAUGUGUCCAGAUAAACAAUCCCUUCCCUCAGAAAGUAAGGUCCCAUGAACUUGUUGUGUUACACGUGCCACGUGUGUAUUUUCAACAACAUGUUAAUGUCAGGUUAUUAGGGCAUUCUUUAGAACCACCAACUCAGCGGUAGAGGUUGAACUCUGUGGAGCCCGUUUAGUAUACGAUGAAGACUUGGGAGGCUUGAUCCAUUCAUUAACUAAGUUGACACUGGGGAGAUCAGAUAUGCUUGAUGAGCUUUGUGCGUAUGCCCAAGCCUUUUCUGCACAAACAAUGGAAAAUCGCCUUCAGCGGGAAGCCAAAGCUAUGCGCAAUAAUAAUGCAGAGGAAAGAGAAAUGCCCAUCGCUCCUGAUUCUAUGAGGAUCCAAAGGCAACAGUUAGCUGAAUCUGGACAAGAGUUUCUGAUACCAGAACAGGAUUUUACUUCAAUAUGCACAAGUAUAGAUGCUAUCUCAAACGAAAGCAUGAUGUCAAGGAGCGUGGUGAAGUAAUAAUAGUCCACUCAAAACGCUUAACGUUUGCCAACAGGGAUUCUACCCAACAAAAGGUUGCAGAAGAAGAUGCUCCACCGCCGUUGUCGUUGUUGGUCGGUCCUGUACAUGUAUUGGCUGAGACUCAACUCUAUGGAAGCUAUAGUCCAGCACAAUGGAAAAGGUACCUACAGGCUUACCUUCAAAAGUCCCAGGUGGCAACGCUCAGUCUUAAAGGAGAUAAAAUUUCUGUUUUCAAGCAUUUCGAUCCUCAGAACACAUCCUCGAAAGGAUUAUCUAGAGUGUUUCAAACAUUGGACUACUAUGUCACCCGGGAAAGGACUCGAAAUACCUCCAAAGCUGUAUGAUGAUAAAAAUUGGAGGGGACUCGUUAUAAUGUUUAGCUAAUGAUUAGAAUCAGUGUGCCACGUGUCUGUAAUUGGUUAUGUUAAACACGUGAAGGCACGUGAAGGUUGUUAGAGGUUGUUAGCUCAGAUGCUUAACUAUUAAGCAAAGUCCAAGUAUAAAGGCACCACUGUACGUGUAUAGUAAAAAAGGAGAAAAACAAAUUUGAU